AUGUUAGGGUUGUGUGUAUUCUCACUAAUACUGGGUUUCGCUGUCAAACAGUUGGACUCAAAGGCCGAUACUAGUAAUGCCAAUCGGAAUAUUUUUCUGGAUUAUAUUUGCACUGAUUAUGUCUAUGGCAUUACCUGGAGCACCGGGAGGUGGAUCAUCUUUGGUCAAUUUUAUGACGUUUUGCGCUCUAAGUAA